AAAGAAAGGCUCAUCUUACUCUGAAAACCUAAAAUAGCUGAGGCCUAAGGCAGGCCAGGAAAGGACUAGGCACAAGGCCCCCAAAGCUCAAGAGAGGGGUAGGGGAGGGCAGAUCCCAGGACACACCUUCAUACAUGCAGACGGGUUAAUGGUGUUAACCAGGUUAAACCUCCUGAAUCCAUUAGAAGAUGUAUAUCUUCAAUCAGGACUAUCUGUAGGACAGCCGUUCUCAACCUGUGGGUCACAUAUCAGAUAUCAUGCAUGUCCGAUAUUUAUGUUACAACUCAUUACAAAUACAUAGCAAAAUUAUAAGUUGUGAAGUAGCAAUGAGAUCAUUUUAUGAGUCACCACCACAUAAGGAACUGUUUUGAAGAGCCACAGAGUUAGGAAGGUUGAGAACUGCUGCUGUAGGAGAACCUAGAAGCCAAUGGCCUUGAGCAGCAUACUGGAUUUGUAGACUCUCGGGCUGUCCCUUGAGGUAGAAAGUGUCAGUUUAAGGAACUAGCUGGGAAGUCUUUCCUCUGUUGGACAUUUUUGGGGGGACUCCAUAGAAUCUGUUCAGAAGCUCUGCCAAUGGCUAUUUAGUCAAGUUUCUCCCAAACCCUCCCCUUCAAGGGCCACCCUACUGUGCGGCAGGAACACUGGGAUAGAAUUAGAUCUCAUAGUGGGGUCCAACCUCUUGUAGGAUGACAGAAAAGGAGGUGGUGGAGUCCCCUCAGCCCCCCUUUCCAGGAGAGACUCCGCAAAGUGGGCUACAGCGACUGAAGCAAUUAUUCAAGAAGGGCUCUCCAGAGACAACAGAGAUGGAGCCUCCCCCAGAGCCCCAGGCCAAUGGAGAGGCAGUGGGGGCUGGGGGUGGCCCCAUCUACUAUAUCUAUGAGGAAGAAGAAGAGGAGGAGGAAGAGGAAGAACCACCCCCAGAACCUCCUAAGCUUGUCAAUGACAAGCCCCACAAGUUCAAAGAUCAUUUCUUCAAGAAGCCCAAGUUCUGUGAUGUCUGUGCCCGGAUGAUUGUGCUCAAUAACAAGUUUGGACUCCGCUGUAAGAACUGCAAAACCAACAUCCAUGAACACUGUCAGUCCUACGUGGAGAUGCAGAAAUGCUUCGGCAAGAUCCCACCUGGUUUCCGUCGGGCCUAUAGCUCCCCACUCUACAGCAAUCAGCAGUAUGCUUGUGUCUCUGCUGCCAAUCGCAAUGACCCUGUGUUUGAAACCCUACGCGUCGGGGUGAUCAUGGCAAACAAGGAACGGAAGAAGGGGCAGGCAGAUAAGAAAAAUCCUCUGGCAGCCAUGAUGGAGGAGGAGCCAGAGUCAGCCAGGCCAGAGGAGGGCAAGUCACAGGAUGGAAACGAUGCAGAAAAGGACAAGAAGGCUGAGAAGAAAACACCUGAUGACAAAAACAAGCAACCUGGUUUCCAGCAGUCUCAUUACUUUGUGGCUCUCUAUCGGUUCAAAGCCCUGGAGAAGGAUGAUCUGGAUUUCCCACCAGGGGAGAAGAUCACAGUCAUUGAUGACUCCAAUGAGGAGUGGUGGCGGGGGAAAAUCGGAGAGAAGGUGGGCUUCUUCCCUCCAAACUUCAUCAUUCGGGUCCGGGCUGGAGAACGUGUGCACCGUGUAACCAGAUCCUUUGUGGGGAACCGCGAGAUUGGGCAGAUUACUCUCAAGAAGGACCAGAUCGUAGUGCAGAAAGGAGAUGAAGCUGGUGGCUACGUCAAGGUCUACACCGGCCGCAAGGUGGGGCUGUUUCCCACCGACUUCCUGGAGGAGAUUUAGGUGUACUGGCGCCUGCUGGCGGGAGACACCCACGCCCCGUUCUGGGCGGGGCCCAGUGCGGGCUGGGGAGGGAAGGGGCAAGGGGAUGAGGAGGGUCGGAAAGGCCCACCAGAGCAUAAUGACGUUUCUGGGGAGGGUCUGGCUCCUACCUCUCCCCUGCCUAGGGCUUCGGAUACCUGGUGCGCUGAGCAUCCUGCACCGAUAAGGCCCACACUUCAGGUCCAUCCAAACCUCAAGAGCUUUGGGGUGAGGGUGGGGAAGCAUCUCCAUAAGGAGGGGCAGAGCUGUCAAAUGUUUAGAAUUUAUUAAAGUUUUGACAAAAGUUA